AUGAGCGAAACCGAUGUAAUCCAGGCACUUGUUCUCCAGUUCCUCCAACAUGAUGGCUACGUGGGUACAGCUCGGGCUUUUGCAGAAGACAUGAAGAAGCAAAAAGAAGCUCUAAGUCUUGAUCCCGGAGUCAAGGUCGACGGUGUUAGUAUUAGAGAUGAUGAAGACGCAAAUAAUCGCCAACGGAUUCGGCGUGCAAUCCUCGAAGGGGAUAUUGACAGGGCGCUCAAGUACACGAAUGCAUACUAUCCCCACGUUCUAAAGGAUAACGAACAGGUUUAUUUUAGAUUGCAAUGUCGCAAGUUUAUCGAGUUGGUGCGAAAGGCGGCCCAGCUCAACAUGCGCAAUGAGACCAAGGGUAAUGGGCAUGUUAACAACCCCGCCCCUCAGACCAUGGAUCUCGAUCUUAAUGGGAGCGAAAAUACUUCAAGAGAUACCGAUGGUGGUGAGAAUAAGACAGUGGUUGCAGAGCUUGAGCGCAAUAUGCUGGAGUACGGACGGACACUCCAGGAACAAUACGUCAAUGACCCACGGGUAGAAGUUAGCAAGGCACUUACUGAGAUUUGGGCAUUGUUGGCAUAUGAAAACCCACUCAAGGUGCCUCAAGUCAGCCACCUCUUGGAUAGGAACGGUAGGGUUACUGUUGCAGAGGAACUAAACUCGGCCAUUCUACUAUCUCUCGGCAAAUCGUCUCGAGCAGCAUUAGAGAAAGUAUAUGCUCAGACCAGCGUGCUCCUUGAAGACCUUCGCCAAGACGGUGGCGAGGGGGCAUUUGCUUCAGUAAAUGAUGUCUUGAAGGGAAUUCCACAACCCCCACAACACUGA